AUUGCAAAGUUGAAGCAUUUGGAAGAAUCAUACACAGGUUUGAUAAUCGUAGGAGGCAGUGGGUGGGUGAAUUGGGAUUCGGAGGCCUUUAUCACUUGUGCGGGAAACAGUUACCGCGGAACUUCGUGUACUGGUUGAUGAGUCGUGUGGACCCUGUAAACGAGGUAUUUAGGGGGCCGAAUGGAUUAGAUGUCCCCAUGAAAAAAAACCAGAUACGGUGGAUAUUUGGACUUCCAAAUGGGGAGAAGGUUAUUCCCACAACUGAAGUCGAUGUUGAUGAACAAAUGAAAACCUUGGGACAACAUAUACAAAGGGUAUAUGGGCGGAUAUGGGAGAGUGUUAACCCUAAUAAUUGAGGUGCUGUGAUUACAACAAAUGCAAUUCCGGUGAAUCCUAAAUUUCUUGAAAGAUUGGAGGGUCACUGGGGGGAAAUGACGAGGAGGAGUUUAAGACGAUGUUUUGGAAUGGUUCUUUGUCCAAUACAAUGUGGAAGAUUGAGUGCGGAUAUGACAUAUGCGUGCACACUUGGAAUGCAAGCACGUGAAUAUGAUUGGUGCAAGCUAGUAUACGAGUUCUUCAUUGAUAGGGCCAAAGUGUUCUGUAGGGACUUCUACACAUAUGGAUGGACCAAAGGAGUAGGUGGUUGCAGCAUGUACUUAGUGAUUUUGUAUCUUGAUCGACUAGAUAGACUGCCCGUGCAAUGGGGCGUUUUUCCUAGGCUGAAGGCAUGGGAUAUGAAGGAGAUUAUAAAAGCAAAACAAGCUGAUCGACAUCCGGGAACAAAAGGGGACUACGGCUGUCUCAGGGUUAGUAUAAGUUAUCUCUUCGUAGAUGAAUUGUCUAAAAAAUCUUUGGUAUAUAAUUUAGCAAUGUUUAUGAAACACUAUAUGAGUUAUUUUGUAAAAAACUAAGGUGUCUUGCUUAUUAAAUAAUAUUUGGUAUAUAAUUAUAGUAAAGAUUAUCAAAGGUUUACAGUACUAUCUAAAUUUGAUAAUACAUUGUCUUACAAAAUUAAAGAACAAUUUCAGUUCUUUAUAUAUUUAAUAAAAAUAUGGGCACAGGAUUUAAUAAUCUACCAUUCUAAAAGUUCAGCCAGAAUUGAUUUUGUGUUGUUGAGGAUCACUAUGAGUAUGGAACUGUCCGUGUAAACCUUAAUACACUUUAUAUUUUAUAAACUUUGUAGAGUAUAGCCUUAAUUUUACAGUACACUGUCUACAUUAUUGUCCACUGUUCACUGUAGAGUGUCUUAAUUUUAACACGUUGCUAAAUGUAAUAUACAAUACAUUUAUAUUAGACUUUGGCUGAAUUUUACAGUAACCUUUCUUCGAAUGUAAAUAUGAUUUAGUAAAAACUUGCUAUGAAAAUAUACAAAACUAGCAUGUUGACAACUGAUAAACAAAAAAUUAUAUUUCUAAUUACAAUUUGAUAUUUUUGUAUGUUGUUGUGUGUUGUUGUUGCGUACGGGGAUACACAACAUCCGAGGGCCACUAAGGACAGUGAAGGUCCGGUUGAAGAGGUAUAUAUUCCGGCAAUAGAAGAUGAAAAACUUAGGUUAAAACCAAGGAGGAAAGGAAAUAGUGAAAGGAAUCCAUUUAAGAUGAAGAAGAUGGCUAAAGAUAGGGCAAAAGUACAACGUAUCGAGUUAGUUCGCUUGGAAUUCAAUAUGGAAACUGACGGUCGGAUAGAUUGUGGAUUAGAAACCCUUAAUGAGGAGCCUCCUUUAACACCCCCACCUCGACCUCCACCUCGACCUCCACCUUCACCUCCUCCUCCUCCACCACCACCACCACCGAAGGUUACACCUCCUCCUCCUCCACCCUCACCAAAGGUUACACCUCCACCACCACCAAAGGUUACACCUCCUCCUCCACCCUCACCAAAGGUUACACCUCCACCACCUCCUCCACUCCCACCAAAUGUUACACCUCCUCCUCCUCCUCCACCCCCACCAAAGUGUAUUGUUGAUGCUUACGGGGAUACACAACACCCGAGGGCCAUCAAGGCCAUUGAUGGUCCUGUUGGAGAGGUAUAUAUUCCGGCAAUCGAGAAUGAAAAAUUCAGGUUAAAACCAAGGAAUGAAGGAAAUAGUGAAAGGAAUUCAUUGAAGAUGAGGAAGAUGGCUAAAGACAGGGAAAAAGAACAACGUAUCGAGUUAGUUCGCUUGGAAUUCGAUAUGGAAACUGACUGUCAGAUGGACUGUGGAUUGAAAACCCUUAAUGAGGAGCUUCCUUUAACACCCCCACCUCGACCUCCACCUCCAUAUCCCCAUCCACCACCACCACCACCACCACCACCACCAAAGGUUACACCUCCACCUCCUCCACCACCCUCACCAAAGGUUACACCUUCACCUCCUCCUCCACCCCCACACCCACCAAAGGUUACACCUCCAACUCCUCCUCCUCCACCCCCACACCCACCAAAGGUUACACCUCCAACUCCUCCUCCUCCACCCCCACCUAAGGUUUCACCUCCACCUCCUCCUCCUCCUCCACCUCCACCUCCACCUAAGGUUACACCUUCACCUCCUCCACCCCAACCUAAGGGGACACCUCAUGAAGGUCCUAGCCCGAAGUGGAUCACACCAUUUCCAACAAGUCAACAGAUGGUUAGUCAACCAAUGGCCUCACCAUUACCUUGGGCUUUGGAUAUUGAUAAGGGCAAAGCUCUUGUGUGCGGGUUGGAAACUUGGAAUCCCCUCCAACAAUACUUAAUACGACAUGUGAAAAUAGGAAGGUUGAACUCAUUGCUUCAAGUGCCUUACUUUUUCAGAGGUCACAACCGCGGCGUGAGAAGAAAAAGAGGAUAUCAUGUACCAAUUUAGACCGUCAUUUAUAAUUGGGCUAACUGCUACAUGUACACCCAGGCAUGAUUACAAUGUAUCGAAACUUUGAAAAGCUAAAGGGAACAGACACGAUAAGGAAGGCGAAUAUUGAGAACCGGUGUACUUUUUACGCACAAAUAUAACCAGAUUGAUCGAGCAUUUAGGUUUGAUGUCUGUGCCAUGCUACUUUUGGGUUGUCAUGUACGUAUCUGGGUCCAAAUUUAAUGGUUUUUCUUUAGUAUGGAGUAAUCAAGAAUCCAAAGUUUUAUCAUAUGAUAUGAAGUAUUGUUUAAUGAUUAAAACUUGAUGUUCAUUUUUUUAUGACUUGACCAGUGCAUACUUGAUGAAGAU